UUCAAGUUUAAUUCAUUUAUCACUUUCUGAUGAACUUAGUUAAUUAGAAGUUAAGCAACUGGGGGUGUUUUUACUUUUUGAUCUCUUUUUUGUCAUUUUCAGAAUAAAAUCAAGGGAAAAAAGAUCCACAUGACUCUCUCUUGCUCUUGUAUUUAACCCAUCAACAUCGAGUCAAUUACGACUCUUUAGACUUUCACAGUUUCGAGCGUUAGUGUUCAGCAGUAGGACUUUGCUUUUUCAUCCAUUCAGAGAGAGAGAGAGAUGGAGAAGAAGCUAACAGCGUUAAGCCAUCUCUUCGUGACGGUUUUCAUGUCAGGUUUUGCAAGCUUCAUCGUGGUUCCGGUCAUUACUGAUGUUACCAUGGUCGCCGUUUGCCCUGGCACUGAUGAAUGCUCCCUAGCCAUUUACCUUUCUGGAUUCCAACAAGCUAUCAUAGGACUAGGGACGGCCUUGAUGAUGCCACUUAUUGGGAAUCUGUCGGAUCAGUAUGGAAGAAAAGCUCUGCUCACAUUACCUAUGACUUUGUCUAUUAUUCCCCUCGCUGUAUUGGCAUGCAGCAGAACAACAAAUUAUUUUUAUGCCUACUAUGCGCUCAGGACUCUCACUGCCAUGGUCUGUGAAGGCAGCAUUAACUGCCUUGCUCUUGCUUAUGUGGCAGACAACAUUUCUGAUAGCCAACGGGCAUCUGCAUUUGGAAUUCUCGCAGGCAUAAGCUCAGGUGCAUUUGUCUGUGCAACCUUAGCAGCUCGUUUCCUCGCCACUGGUUCCACAUUUCAGGUUGCUACAUUUGUAUCAAUACUUGCAGUAGUGUACAUGAGAAUAUUCCUUGAGGAAAGUAUACAAAAUCAAGUCAACGGUAUGACACAACCAAUCUUGAAAGAAGGGGAAGAUGUCAUUCAAAAGGAUGGUAAUGCACCUAGAGAGAUGUCAGUGUCCAAGAAAAUUCCAUCCGUGGGAGAUAUUAUUUCCUUGCUAAAGGGCAGUCCAUCAUUUUCCCAAGCAGCAGCUGUUGCUUUCUUCAAUAGUCUUGCAGAGGGUGGGAUGAUAUCUUCAUCAAUGUUCUAUUUAAAGGCUCGUUUCCACUUUAACAAGAAUCAGUUUGCUGAUUUGAUGCUAAUUGCUGGAAUUGUAUCAACUAUUUCACAGUUGUUUCUCAUGCCCUUAUUGGUAUCUCCCAUAGGAGACAGAAGGUUGCUUUCAAUAGGACUUCUAGUCACCUGUACAAAUGCCAUUCUUUGCAGCAUAGCCUGGUCAGCUUGGGUUCCAUAUGCAGCUACUGCAUUGUCUAUUGUGAUGGUCUUUGCACCACCAUCUUUACGCAGUAUUGUAUCAAAACAAGCUGGCGCCAGAGAGCAGGGGAAGGCUCAGGGAUGCAUAUCAGGCGUGAGUUCCUUGGCCAACAUCAUUGCUCCAUUAAUCUUUAGUCCUCUGACAGCAUUGUUCCUGUCUGAAGAAGCGCCAUUUCAUUUCCCUGGCUUUAGUAUUAUGUGCAUUGCGAUAACAUUGAUGAUUGCCUUCAUUCAGAGUUUGAUGAUAGGGAGUGCUCCUUCAACUUCCAGUGACGAAAACAGCGGUAACUGCAUUGAGGUUUAGUUGGGAUGGUUUAAAUGAUAUAUACUAAUUAUAGAAAGUGAAAGCAUUUCAUGAAGGUUGCCUCUUUUGAAAGGCAGAAGAAAGCUAUUGAAAGAGAUUGUUACAAGUAAAUUCACUCGGUUUGUAAAUAUGUAGCAUACAGAUGCUUCUAUGUUCUGAUUAGUUAUAAUAACCUGCCAAAAGAGUGGCAAAAGCUGAUGUGCAGUUGAUCAAUCAGAUUUGUUGACCCAUUCGUAGGUUUUAUUAUAGAAACCAAAAGCAAGAUUAAAUAUGUAAGUUCCAA